AUGAAAUUUGUGGCCAAAUGGAUGGAACUAGAAAAUAUCAUCCUGAGUGAGACAUCAAAUGUAAAUGACAUCAAAUGUAAGGCAACUUUGUACACAAGUAGGGUAAUGAGAGGCCAAUCUAUCUGUAUCACCUGCAUUCUGAGUGUGUUCCAGGCCAUCACAAUCAGUCCCAGUACCUCUUUUCUGGCAAAAUUUAAAGACAAACUUAAAAAAUACAUGAUCAAUGCAUUAUGUUAUAUUUGGUUUUUCAAUUUGUCUGUUUGUAGUAACAUGCUCUUUUAUGUUGGUGGUUUUACUAAUGUGAGUGAGACCAAGCAGAUGAAGGUCACUAAAUCCUGCUCACUCUUCCCCAUGAACUACAUCGUCAGGGGAUUACUUAUUUUACUGUCAACUUCCAGGGAUGUGUUUCUUGUAGCAGUCAUGCUGACCACAAGUGCAUACAUGGUAAAUAUUUUACACAGACAUCAGAGGCAAUGCAAGUAUCUUCAUAGCAUCAGCAGCCUUAUAGCAUCCCCUGAGAAAAAGGCCACACAGACCAUCUUGCUGCUGGUAAUUUUCUUUGUGGUCAUGUACUGGGUUGACUUCAUCAUCUCACUCACCUUGCUCCUGUUAUGGAUCUAUAACCCAGUCGUCCUGACUGCUCAGAAGUUUGUGAUGUAUGCCUAUCCCACAAUUACUCCUUUGGUACAAAUCAUUUCUGAUAAGAGAAUAAUCAAUGUACUGAAAAACUUGCAGUCACAGUGUCACUAG